UAUUCUUCCAUUAUAUUUUUCUUUUCUUCGUUAUAUUAUUAUUAUUUUCUUAUUCAACCCCAUGCCCUUUUUUCCCUUCCCUUGACGUCCUCCUUGUGAAAACUUUCUUUCUAUUGUGGAAAAACGAGCUCGUAACGUGCGUUUUUAUACCGCUGAUACAUUAAACGUACACGUACAAAUUCGCGAGUGCAUUUUCAAGGGAAUUUAUUAAAGGAGUGAAAGAAAAGGAGGAAGAAAACAAGUGGAGAAGAAGGUGCACGAGUAAUAAAUAAAAGAAGAGUAGAAGGAGGAAAAGGAAGAGGAAGAGGAAGAGGAAGAGGAAGAGGAAGAGGAAAAGGAAAAGGAAAAGGAAAAAAAGGAACAACACUUAGCAAGCCUCCCAAUAUUUUUGUGAUUGUGAGAUGGUGUUCGUGAACGUGCAGAUGUUAGUUGCUACCCUCUGGUUGGUGAUGAAAUUAAUAGGAAUGAGAUAGUAUUGUAUUAAAAACAAAAGAAAAAAGAGGAAAACUAAAUAAAAUUAAAAGAAAAAGAGAACGAAAACAACGGACGUUUUUCUUAGCAAUGAAGAAGAACAGUUACGAGUUGACAAAUGCCGGCGGUAUGAUUCGUCGGGAAAAUAUCGAUGAUGAGUUCUUGCCUUUGGUUGUACGAGGAGAAGGUUACGAUCGUUAUUAACGAAGAAGAGAGAGAGGAGAGAAAUAGAAGAGAUCAAAGAAGGAUAGGAAGAAGGAGAAUAAGGAGGAAAGAAAAGAGAAAGAGAAAGAAGAGGAAUAAAAAUAACAAGGUGAUAUCGAUAGGAUCAUCCGAGAUGAAAGGUACAAGGUGAUGAAUAAAGAGCAGAGGUCCCAAUGAUAUCUUGGCGAGGUGGAAGCGAGGGGUGUAAAGGUCCACCCAGUAGUCCGCUGAGUAGCGGUUCCGAGGACAACGGAUUCGUUAAUCGUCCUCGGGUGGCGGGUCUCUACGUGAAGAAUCUUAGCAGAGAAGAACUGGAUAGUUUGGCGGAAGAAGGAAUUUAUGGACCAAAGGGAGACCCAAACGAGAGAAGAAGGAACGGUGGUAGUCAAAGAAGUUUGAAUCUUCCCGGUCCGAGUCGAGAGUUCGAAGGACAUCAUCGUUAUCCUGUUGCAACAUCGAGAACACCCCAACCACCCAGAAGAUCGGCUAUUGGUGUUAGAUACAAUGAAGCCGAAAGAAGACUCGAUCAUCAUGGUUCCGUGCCGAUCGAAAGAGUUUGGUCUCGACGUGGUUUCAACGGGGGUUCGAGGCACAACUCCCCUGUCCGCGAAUCCUUCGGAUCAGUCGACAGUUGGAAGUCGCCUCUUGCCAGACGAAGAAUCGGCAAUUCGCCAAGAGGAAGUUCCGUGGAUUUACGAGUAUCGAAGGAUUCCACGAGAUCCUCCAGUUCACGUAAUACGGAUUUUGCGUUUGAAAGGAGCCGUUCGAGGAGUCCCGAGGAACCACCAGUUCCACCACCGAGAAGAACGCGUACGAGAUCGGACGAUCAGGGUGAAGGGGAGUCGCCGAAGAAACAACCAGCAAGACGCUCGCCACCUCCAUACGCGGGUUUGAGUCCACCCGAGUAUACGCUUUACGACGAAUAUGAUUACGAGGAUAGCCUGUCCAGGCUAUUUCCAAGAUGCGCUACCACGAGACCCUACGCCGAGAGUCCUCAGUACGAUAAAUCACAGAUAACGAAGAAUUCCGAUCGAGACAUUUCUGGAGUAACGGAGACUGAAUUAAAACAAUCUACGACGAAGGAUAUUGUCAAUGAUAAAAAAGAAGAUUCUAACCAAGUCGAUAAGAUGUGUGACAAAACUAGUCCGAUUUCGAGGGAGGAUGAUAGUAGGAAGGAUUCACCGCCGAAAAAAUUAUCGAGAGUUCAGGAUAGUACGAGAUUGCGUCCACCGUUGGUUGGGACCGCUGGUACCUCGGCAGAUUCUGGUACUGGUGAUACCGGAAGUGCCGAGAUUCAAGCGGACACUAUGGGAACACCAAGAGAAAGUUCGACCAUAGCCCUCGAUACGAUUGUCGUUAAUAUCGAAGGCAAAUCACCUGGCUCGAAGACACCCGGCAAGGCUGCCAAACAAAUGGUCAAACCUUUUACCAAAGAAAGCCUGGACAGGAUAGAAAAUCGUACGGUACAGUUGGUCAGAGAUUAUGGAUUUCAACCGAAAAGGAAGAUGUCUGUUGAAGAUGGUGCCGUUUUGCCAAUGAAAUUCGAACCUUUCCCGACCGAACUUUAUGGCAGACCACUCGAAGAAAUCGAUAACUUUAUAUACGACGAGACUUUCUGCGUGGUGUCGAAGAGAUUUCGAAAAAAUUACAUCCAUAGGUUCACUGCGACCAAUAGUUGGUUUCUAUUUUCCCCGUGGAAUCCUAUAAGACGGUGUUGCAUCUUCCUGAGUACUAAUCAGUACUUCGAUUACAUGGUCAUGGCUACCAUACUACUUAAUUGCGUCUUCCUGGCCAUGACCGAAACCGUCGAAGAAGCCGAAUAUAUCUUCCUAGCCAUAUACACGGCGGAAAUGGUGAUAAAAUCAAUAGCUAAAGGAUUUAUAUUGAACAAGUACACCUACCUACGAAAUCCCUGGAAUUGGUUGGAUUUUGUGGUGAUAACUAGUGGUUACGCAACGAUCGGUAUGGACGUUGGAAAUUUGGCUGGCCUUAGGACAUUCAGGGUGUUGAGAGCUUUUAAGACUGUAUCCAUUAUGCCAGGCUUAAAGACUAUUAUUAACGCGCUCUUGCACAGCUUCAAGCAACUAGCCGAGGUAAUGACACUUACGAUCUUCUGCCUGAUGGUUUUUGCCCUAUUCGCUCUGCAAGUUUACAUGGGUGAACUUAGGAACAAAUGCGUGAAGCAUCAAGAACCAAACACCACACAGAUCGAUUGGAUGGAGUGGGCUUGGAACUCGUCCAACUGGGCUUUGAACGAGUACGAUGAGCCAAUCAUCUGUGGCAAUGUAACCGGGGCCAGACACUGUAACGAGAGCUACACCUGCCUUUGCGUUGGCCCGAAUCCAAACCACGGUUACACCAACUUCGAUAACUUCUUGUGGUCCAUGCUCACCACGUUCCAGCUGAUUACUCUAGACUAUUGGGAGGACGUCUAUAACAAGGUAUUGUCGGCGUGCGGACCUAUUAGCGUCUCGUUCUUCACGGUGGUCGUGUUCUUUGGUUCAUUUUACCUAAUUAAUUUGAUGCUAGCUGUCGUAGCACUCAGCUACGAGGAGGAAGCUGAAAUUACGAACGAGGAAAGAAGAAAGGAUUUAACCGACCAUCGUGACGACUCGACGUUUAGUUUCGACCCGACGAAGAUCAACAUUAAGACCCUCACAAAAGAAAAGCAAAAAAAGAUAGAUGCCAGGAAGGGUGUACUUUUAAGCAGUUACACGAGAAAAAAGACAAGAAGAAGAAAACGUGGUAGAAGUUCUGCGGGCCAAGAAAAAAAUGGUGGCGCACGUAGCAGGUCAGUUACACCAAGUCCAAGUCCAAGUCCAAGACACUCAAGUGUCAGACCAUCACAUCUUCCGUUACAAAAUGUAACACCUAGGCCACCGGAAGGAAAUACGGUGCAUAGGUUAGCACCAAAUCGUGGAAUGUUGCAUUCGAGGCAGGCAAGUAACAACAGUAAUCAACAAUCUUCAUUGGAUGAUUCUGGAGUGGUCGAUGAUCACGACGGUGACGAUGUUACGUCUGCCGAGGAACAUGAUAAACGUGAACAUCGAGAACACAGGGUAGAACCUCAAGAUAAGGAUAAUAAUCAAGAGGAUGAUGAGGAUCAAAAUAAUCCUGAAUCUUCUUUACGUCCUGAUUAUCCAACCGCUCCUGUUACCGUUUCCGUUAAGACUAGCAAUCGAGAGAUCAGAGUUCUCAAGUGCAACGGCGUCAAAACGAAGAAACAUAUGUACGCGCUGCCUCCAGAGUACCUGUCGCAUAUUGUAGUUUUAGACGAUCUUCCAGAUAGAAACUGCGAGAAGUGCAUGCAAUGUUGCGUAGACUACGAGGGAUGGUUACGCUUUCAAAAUUGUCUAUAUAAGGUGGUAAGAGAUCCGCUGUUCGAGUUGAUGAUCACCCUCUGUAUCGUACUGAACACUGGCUUUCUGGCGAUGGAACAUCACGGUAUGAGCGAAUCGAUACGUCAAGCAUUGAACAUCGGCAACAAAGUGUUCACAAGUAUCUUCACGUUCGAAUGCUUUUUAAAAUUGCUCGCACUUAGCAAGGAUUUCUUUAACAACGGUUGGAACAAUUUCGAUUUGAUCAUAGUAUCGGCCUCGUUGAUAGAUCUGACCUUCGAAUUGGUCGAUGGUUUAUCAGUGAUAAGAGGUCUUAGACUGUUACGAGUAUUAAAAUUAGCACAAUCUUGGACAACGAUGAAGGUCUUACUCAGUAUAAUCAUUUCAACGAUCGGUGCUUUAGGUAAUCUAACAUUUGUCCUUGUUAUCGUCAUUUAUAUAUUCGCUGUUAUCGGGAUGCAGUUGUUCAGUAAGGAUUACACGUCGGACAAGUUUUAUCCGGAUCCGGUACCGCGUUGGAACUUCAACGAUUUCUUCCAUUCGUUCAUGAUGAUAUUUCGUAUACUUUGUGGCGAAUGGAUCGAACCAUUGUGGGAUUGCAUGCGUGCCGAGAAAGAGGAAGGUGCUGGGACGUGUUUCGCAAUAUUUCUACCGGCAUUGGUGAUGGGUAAUUUCAUGGUACUCAAUCUCUUCUUGGCCUUGUUGCUCAACAGUUUUAAUUCCGAGGAAUUGAAGCAAAAAAAGGAGGAAGUCGGGGAGGAUUCGAAAUUGGCUAGGUCCGUUGAUAGGAUACGUUCGAUCGUUAAGAAGAAAAAAUAUCGCAAAGAAAAUUCGGAAAACGAGAAGAACAUGAGAUUGGAACAAAUAGUCAGAGAAGUUAUGGAUCAAUCGGACAAAGAGAAAUAUGCGAUUCAAGAAACGGUAUUAAGCCUUCCUAAAGACAAUAUUUAUAACAGGUCAUAUCAAGAGAGUUUAAAUCAACCUGUCUUCACGUACGAACCUGUAUAUCGUCAAGCUACGUUGACCACUUAUAGUCAGAGCAGUCAAGAAACCGUUAAGGAAAAUAAAAGGCCUGGGGAAAAGGAUGAAAGCAAUGAUACCAACGUUGAAGAAAGUAUUGAAAUGGACGUUUUAAAGGAUUCCAGUAAAGCCGAUGAGGAAGUUGCUAUGUUGCCGGAAGAAAAACCAUCCCAUCCGAUACGAAAAGAGGAAAGGAUAGAAAAACGACCUUGGCAUGCAUUGGUCAGUUACGUUGACGAGUUAACUGUCGGCGGUAGAAGAGAUAGCAAAGGAAGAUACAUUGACGGGAUGGGUUCGUUUCCCAUGUUUGGUAGGAACAAAGAGCCAAAGGAACCUCAGGAUUGUUUUCCACAACAUUGUUAUCAAAAAUGUAGCUGUGUUAAUAGUUGCAUCCGAACCGAUAUCGGAAGAAAAUGGAUAAGAAUCCGAACGGUAGUUUUAUCGGUAGUUGACACACCUGCCUUCGAAUGGAUGAUCCUAGUGUUGAUUUUUGCAUCCUCCAUUACACUUUGCUUCGAGGAUAUCUACCUGGAUGAUAAUCCAUUUCUUAAAAAAAUCCUUUAUUGGACCAAUCUCGCUUUCUGCGCGUUGUUCAGCAUCGAGAUGCUUCUCAAGUGGUUGGCUUUAGGAUUCUGUAAAUACUUCACCAGUUUCUGGACGAUCCUGGAUUUUAUAAUAGUUUUCGUAUCCAUGUUUAGUCUUUUGAUAGAAGAAAAUGAAAAUCUGAAGGUACUACGUUCGUUGAGAACGCUGAGAGCACUGAGGCCGUUAAGAGCAAUAUCAAGAUGGCAAGGCAUGAGGAUCGUAGUGAACGCGUUGAUGUAUGCAAUCCCUAGUAUAUUCAACGUGCUCCUCGUCUGUCUCGUGUUCUGGCUUAUUUUUUCGAUUAUGGGUGUCCAAUUUUUUGGUGGUAAAUUCUUCAAAUGUCUUGACGAGUACGGUGAAUUAUUGGACAUAUCGAUUAUAAAUACCAAGGACGAUUGCCUAAAUCAAAAUUAUUCAUGGGAGAACAGUAAGAUAACAUUCGAUCACGUUGGAAUCGCAUACUUGGCAUUAUUUCAAGUGGCCACAUUCGAAGGUUGGAUGGAAGUAAUGGAAGAUGCCGUUGAUGCCAGGGGUGUAGAUUUACAACCCCAAAGGGAAGCUAAUCUUUACGCUUACCUUUAUUUCGUAAUAUUCAUCGUUUGUGGUUCCUUCUUCACAUUGAAUCUAUUCAUCGGAGUGAUCAUAGAUAACUUUAACAUGUUAAAAAAGAAGUACGAAGGUGGCGUGCUAGAAAUGUUUUUGACCGAGAGUCAAAAACACUACUACACUGCCAUGAAAAAGCUCGGCCGUAAAAAGCCGCAAAAAGUAAUAAAACGUCCGAUCAACCAAUUCCUCGCAAUGUUCUACGACCUGUCCAAUUCCCGAAGAUUCGAAAUAGCGAUCUUCGUUUUGAUAUUUCUCAACAUGCUGACGAUGGGAAUCGAACAUUACGAUCAACCACAUCCAAUAUUUUUCGUCCUUGAAGUAUCUAACGCAUUCUUUACAACGGUCUUUGGUUUGGAAGCAAUAGUGAAGAUAAUUGGACUGCGUUACCAUUAUUUCACCGUACCAUGGAACCUAUUCGAUUUUUUACUCGUCUUAGCAUCGAUAUUGGGAAUACUUAUGGAAGAUAUUAUGAUGGACUUUCCCGUGUCCCCGACGCUCUUGCGGGUGGUGAGGGUGUUCAGAAUUGGUAGGAUCUUAAGGCUCAUUAAAGCUGCUAAGGGUAUUCGUAAACUUUUAUUUGCAUUGGUGGUCAGUCUUCCGGCAUUAUUCAACAUUGGAGCAUUGCUUGCUCUGAUUACCUUCAUUUACGCCAUUAUUGGUAUGUCCGUGUUUGGACAUGUCAGGAAACAAGGAGCUCUGGAUGAUAUGGUAAACUUCGAAACGUUCGGCCGUAGCAUGCAAUUACUUUUUCGUCUGAUGACUUCGGCUGGCUGGAAUGACGUGUUAGAAUCACUCAUGGUACAAGCACCUGAUUGCGAUCCGACCCCAACCAGUAGGAAAAUGAACGGCGACUGCGGAUAUCCUUUAUUGGCAAUUACUUACUUCACUUCUUUUAUCAUCAUCAGUUAUAUGAUAGUCAUCAACAUGUACAUCGCUAUUAUUUUGGAAAAUUUCAAUCAGGCUCAUCAGGAAGAAGAAAUUGGUAUCGUCGAGGAUGACCUAGAAAUGUUUUAUAUUCGUUGGUCAAAAUAUGAUCCACAUGCAACCCAAUUUAUCAGCUUCUCACAGCUAAGUGAUUUCAUAGCGAGCCUAGACCCACCUCUGGGAAUAUCAAAGCCCAAUGUCGUAGCGUUGGUAAGCUUUAAUCUUCCCAUCGCGAAGGGUAACAAGAUCCAUUGUCUGGACAUCUUGCACGCACUUGUCAAGCACGUUCUUGGACACGUUGAAGAAUCCGAUGAUUUCCGUAAGCUUCAAGAACAAAUGGACGUUAAAUUCAAGAAGCAAUUCCCAACGAGAAAGGAAUUGGAAAUAGUGUCUUCCACCAGAAUUUGGAAACGUCAGGAUAAAGCUGCCAGACUCAUUCAACGUACGAUUAGAGAAUAUAUUGCGAUGAAGAAGGAAAGGGAAAGGAUCGCGCACGAGGUGGAUUCACAGACGCAAACAUCGAGUCCUGGUGGUGUGGGGAGUGAUGGUAGGGGCGGGGGUGGUUGGGGUGGAAAGCUGUCGGCCCUGCUGCACGUACACCGAGGUAGCCGGGCCAGUAGCCGCAAGUCCUCCAGGGCCAGCGACGCCAGCGAUCUCAGUGAGCUCGGGACAGCAUCAGCGUGGCUAUUUCCAAAUCUACCUUUGCUGUUGCUCUCCGGCGCCACGGGAACCCACGAGGACCUGCAACCGCCCGCCCUUACCGUGUCCCGUCCCUCACCAACCACGGAACAACCAUCGGCAACCUCAAGUUCUGGAUCUGAUUCUCACAUUACUGUUAGAUCGCUCGGUGCGACGUUGGGCCGUCAGGACGCCGUGGAAACUUAUCCAGACGAAGACGUCCUGAGUCCACCGAGUUCGAAACGAAGUUCACUGCGUACCAGCGGUACGACGUUGUCCCUGAACACUCUCCAACGCGACAUUAAAGAGGCCUUCAAUCGUCGUUGCAGUAGUCUUCGAAGACGUCCACUAGUACCAGUAUUACAACCACCACAAUUACCCUUAACGAUAGUAACAGGAACAACAACUGCAACAACAACAAUAACAACAACAACAGGAACUGCAACUGGAUCAACUGCAGGAACAACAACUGGGUUUGUAGGAGUAGUACCAACAACAGAACCAAUAUCACUUCCAAUAGGUGACGGAAGUGACGUCAGUAUACUUGUAACAGAACCGAGUCCAGAAAAUUCAGCACCACCAUCUAGACCGCCAUUGAUCAGACAACAAUCUGAAGCUACGGUUGUUCACGUACUCGUUCAUAGAGAAAGCGAGGAGUAUCAAGAAACCCCUGACGAUAGCUGAUCCUAAUUCGAUUAGGGACUUUUUCAAAUCAAAGAUUUCAAAUAUUCUAUUUCAUUUGAAGAUAGAAGAGAAAAAAAGAAAGAGAGACAGAGAGAAUAUGCGAGAAGAAA